UUUGUACUUGUGAAGAGUACGGGCGUCCAACUCACAUUAUAGUACAGGCCAGCCCCGGUUUGGCGUCGGACUUUUACCUUGGGGACUGAAGGAGGUACUGAGUCGGCGUCGGUCUCUAGCCAGGGACAACUCUCCGUCUUCGCUUGCUCUGCUCUGCUGUCGUCACCUUUGCCUGUACCUGUCAAUCUCGUCUUCCUGUGGGCCCGGCAGCAAAUGAACACGGCAUCCUCACCAGCUCACCAUUUAAACCCUGACUCGGCCUAUCCUGAUCGUCAGAACCACGCCUAGCCGCGAUGCUUCACUUGACCUUUGAAACUGCUACGUAAGGGUCAUCCAGGGUUUCGAUAGCAUACGGUGCCUGUAACCUUGUCACGCACCAGCCGACCUGUAGCCUUGGGCUACGUUCGAAUAUAACCCCGACAUCCACACACGAUUCCCGUUGGGUCAAAGCCCGGAGGUUAAAUUGAGCAAGGGGAUCACUUGGUUUUUAGGACCUGCUGCGUAUCUACGAUCGAUCGAUCGUUUAUAUUUAGACAGAAGCCGCGGCUGAACCCGUGUCAUUUGCUUCCCUCUCAGCCAUCUUCCGGCUUCGUUCGCAUGGGGCCCUAGCUACCUACUUACACCGAUAAGAUGGCGAGCAACAACGCCGAUGUUGAUAUAGGCCGGCUCUCUCAGGAGCAGCAGUCCGUCCUCGAACAAUACACCCAGGUCACGGCACAAGACGUUAAGGACGCAGUGCCCCUGCUGGAGAGAUCGCAAUGGAACGUACAGAUAGCGAUCGCUAAGUUCUUUGACGGCGAGGGCCCAGACCCCGUAGCCGAGGCCAGGGCAACACAGAACCACAUCCCACAGCAAGAAAUCCGGCACGAGAAUCUGCACGAGUCCUUCGUGACGGCCGGCCAGCCUUUCGGACGGCUACCUCCACGGUUCAGACCCGAUCCCGCGCCCCGAAUUGUGCCGCAGCCUCCGACAACACACCGCCCGCCGUUCCUCCUCGCUAUAAUAUUCGCUCCCUUUAACUUCGGAUACCGAGCCUUCUCGACGCUCUUCCGAACUUUCCUAUAUAUCUUCGCCUUCCUCCCGGCCUCGAUUCGACCCCGAGCCCUGACCACGAGCAUGACGAGCGGCUGGAAGGGCACGCGAGGCCGGCGCAUGUUGAUGCCGCGCGACACGGCCGCUCGAUUCAAGCGCGAGUUCGAGGAGGAGUACGGGAGCAGUAGCCUGCCCUUCUAUGAGGGUGGCUUCGCCCAGGCGCUCGACCUCGCCAAGAAGGAUCUCAAGUUCCUGCUGAUCGUCUUGAUGUCACCUGAACACGACGAUACCGAGUCUUUUACGCGGGAGACCCUGCUCUCGCCCGAGGUCGUCAGCUUUAUCAGCGACCCGACGAACAACAUCGUGCUCUGGGGUGGCAACGUGCUUGACUCGGAGGCUUACCAGGUCGCCGCCGAGUACAACUGCACCAAGUUCCCCUUCUCGUGCCUCGUGUGCCUCACACCUCGGGACGGCGGCGGUGGGGCCAGCACACGCAUGAGCAUUGUCAAGCGUCUGGUUGGUCCCCUGUCGCCGGCGACAUACCUUUCCGAGCUACAGACCGCCGUUGGUAAGUACGCGCCGGAUCUGGCUGGAGUCCGGGCCGAGCGCACCGCCCACGAGGUCGCCCGGUCCCUGCGAACGGAGCAAGACUCGGCAUACGAGCGCUCGCUCGCUCGCGACCGCGAGCGUGCACGCCUGCGCCGCGAGGCUGAGGAGGCCGCCGCCCUCGCCGAGAAGAAGGCCCGUGAGGAGGCCGCCGCCGCGGAGCGCCGCCGGGUGCUUCGUGAGCAGUGGCGCCGCUGGCGCGCGAGCACCGUCGCUCCCGAGCCGGACGCCGCGGAUGCUAGUAGCGGCGUCGUGCGCCUCGCCCUCAAGAUGCCCGAGGCCCGCUCCGCCGGCGGUGGCAGGAUUGUGCGCCGGUUCGCGCCGGCGACGACGGUCGAGGAGCUGUACGCGUUUGUCGAGUGUUACGAUCUGCUGCUCGACGCCGAGAGCGGGAAGCAGGACGGCGUAGAGCCGCGAGAGGACGAGGGCGGUAGCGGCGAGGGUGAGGCGCCGCAGAAGCCAGAGGACUACGAGCACGAGUACCGGUUCCAGAUCGCGUCGCUGAUGCCGCGCCGGGUGUACGAGCCGGACGCGGCCGCUACGCUGGCCGACGCCAUCGGCCGGUCGGGGAACCUGAUCGUCGAGGACGUCCUCGACGAGGAUUCGGGGGAAUCCUCUUCCGAAGCGGAAGACGACGAGGACGAAGAGGACAGCGAGGGCGGAGACGUCGAAUGAGACUGCGGGGGCGGGCGGGCAGAGACCAGGCAGUAGAAUAGAAGAAAAAUGGCACACUACCCAAGGGACACGGGGGCGGGGGACCGCUGCGGUGGCAAGGGUGCGGCAGGGAGGCUGAAUAUUCGGCAGGCGGGGGGAUCCCUCCGAAUUGUACGAAUCGUGUACAAAAGUUAAACUACACCCGGAUGACAACUGAGGCCCCUGAUGCACUGUCAAUUGUAG